CUCAUCAAGACAAAGCCGCGCCGAUACCCCUGGUGAUUCAAUGCAUGCGACAUAAGUAGGUCCGCUCGAAUCUUCUCUGAGCGCCUGCUUCUACCUAAUCCGACUACACACUAUGCGAAGACUCGUUCUACAGAGGUUGAGUCAGCGCCCCUCCACGACCACGCAGCCUAGCGUAAAUGUAGCCAGGCUGAUAGCCUCUCGACAGCGGUCGCAUACCCUGCCUCGCACAGGCCCAUUCGUCUCGCUGCUAGACAAGCAGGACGCUCGAUCUCCGCGCCCUCUCUUAUUUUCUGGCGAGCUUCUCACUACGAGGACGCAUCUUGGCUGCCGGCCAAGACCAUUGGCAACGCUAAGCAUUCGAACGUACUCGGCGUGGUUUGCUUCUCGUUCCUCGGAGAGCUCGUCUGGAGGCAAGGCCAAGAAGGACAGUGAAGAUAGACAUGACCGCUCCAGCGAACUGAUAUUGAAAAUGCUCGAGCCGCCGAAGGAUGGAUGGUACGGCUAUGCGAAACUUAGCUGCAUCAUGUUGUCUGUCGGGGUGUCUGUCUAUGUAGCAUUGGCAUACUCCUGGACCAGGUCGGCCGACGAGCUCCGUGCGCUCAUAACAGAAAACGGUUUUCCAUCACGUGCAGCUUUGGAAGCCAAAUACCGAGAGCAGCGGGCUCUGAGCUUCGAUAGAGCCUACCAGAUUAUUCUCGCGCUUCUCCCACCGCUCCACAUGCCCCCAUCAGCUCAUGAAUUGACGCUUCGUUUGAAGGACUGGUAUACAACUCUCCCACCGUGCCGGUCCGCAGUGGUUCCUGUCCUCAUUAUCAACACAGGCGUAUUCAUAUUAUGUAAAAGAAGAGCUUUGACCUUGGCUGCACGUCCCCUCCACGAAGUCUUUACAUUCCGAAAUCUUUGUCUAACGGCCUUUCAACACACCUCAUUCGGGCAUUUCCUCUUCGUGCAGACAGCUCUGUGGACUUUAGGUUCUUAUUGUCUUGAGCCCUCAUCUACAGACCCGGUUUACCUCUUAUGUCCAAAGAUUGAUUCGACAUGGCACUUCACCGGCUUUUACUUACUCGUGGCCGUCAUCGCGCGCGGGUACAGUGUUACACCUUGGGCUAUGCGUCAAUACUUCGCAAUGGGAUCGUAUCGAGAGUCCGUCCUCGGACGGCCGACAUUCAAGGGUUUCAGUACUGAAUGGUGGCGUCUCUUUUAUCGAAAGACUCUGGCUCUCGGCCCAAUGGGAGGGGGGCCCGUCGUGUACGCCCUUCUUGGACAGGGAGCAACUACCCCGUCCGAGACCAGGGUUCAGAUCCCCUUGCUCUCGUGCGAUGUCUCUUACCAGAAGCUGCAGAUGUCUGCACUAUCGACCCUAUGCCUCUUUGACCUCUUCUGCUUACUGUCGGGCAGAAUGCGCUUUGAUCAUGCGGCGCAUUUGGCCGGCGCGGUGUAUGGAUUGACCUACGAUCAAGACUCCCGCUGGAACGAGCACCGCGCUCGAUUUCUCGAGAAACUCAACAAGGCCCUUCAACGCCAACCAGGGGGGGUAGCAGCCUUUUCCAAAUGGUACCAAGCUGAGACAGAGGCUGCAGGUGUGCCCGCUGGAGAAGAUUCGCCGAAUGUGGUAGUCCGCAGGGAGGCACUGAGCUCACAGACGGAGAAAGAGCUAGACGCGGCCCUGCAUGGUGAACCCGCUGCACUGAGGACUGAAAUGGCGAGUCAUGAUCAUAUGUAAAUCCAGAGAAGGCGGGAGCAGUCGGUAGGCGACGUGCAAACCGCCUCUACGCAGUGCCUGUCUCACCUGGCCUGCUUUUUGCUCACGUAAAGAAGACUCAAAGACUAACCCUCGUGGCUUUCCCAAAGAGCUGGACAAGUGCCA